UAAAGUGACAUUUGACAACAUCUAGAACUUAAUUUAGCUUUGCUAUAAUAUUAAGCUCUAUUGUCUUUCUAGUCAUUUUUCAUUUUCUCGCAAUACUUGGAAUUAAGACUGAACUUUAUCAUUCAAAUAUUGUCUUCUCUUACUCAUUAAAAAAUUAAAAAUAAAAACCAUAAAAAUUUAUUACUGAUAAAGCCUUGUUUGAAAUUACUUCCGCUCGUAGUGACUAAUCAUCUUAGAGGAUAUUAUGGUCAGUGUGAUCACUUAGUGACUUGUAAUGUCUGACGGGGACCCCUCUCUGGAAGAAGAUAUCCCGAAACCGUUACUGGAGAGAGUUGAAGAGAAUGUAUUCACCCCAAAGAUAACAACUCCGAUUUUCGCCGGGAGUGUGAAGCUGCACCACAAACCUUCAGACGUAAGCGAGACGGAGUCGUUUUUGUCGGACGCUCAACGCAAUGAUCUCGCGUUCCAACAGCUGUUCAACGAUGGAGAUGCAGACUUUCACGAAACGGAGAAGACGGUCCAGGAGCGGAUGGCUGAUCUCCAGGCAAUGUCGGUGCUCAGCACGUACCAGGAUAAUCUGUCACACGAUAUGAACACCGACCGGGACAAUGAGAGCGAGGCGUCCACCAGAGCCGCCGAGGAACCGGUCUGUAGUGGACUCGGCAUGACAAACGACGUGGCCAACAAUAAUGGCAAAACUACCGCGAACCAUUGCUCGAUAGUCAUGGGCGGUAUUAUGAGCAACCCUUCAUUGACCUUCAAGGAUGGAGUGCGCUCCGUGGACUUCGUCCUCGUGUGGGAGGCUAACAAGGAUGACGCGGUCACUCCCGAGGCGUACGAGAGAAGGAGGAUCUUCGAACAGAAUCUGGAGACGGAGGGACUGCAGCUAGAGAUGGAGGCACCUGAAGAUUUGUACGGACUGCAUUUCGUUAAGAUCCACGCACCACUUUCGGUACUUAGAGAUUACAGCGAGAUACUAAAACUAAGGAUGCCAAUGAAGGAAUGCAGUAAGAUAAGAAAAGGUGGCCGAGCGAAUACUAUUCUGAACGCUGCCAUGUAUUUGUCGAAGUUUUCAGCGUUGAAGAACGUCCACGAUAAGACGAACAGUCUGAUAGAUCGCGUCGAGGACUGCUGGGAUCGCUUCAUGUCCAAGAUCAGAGUGGACCCGGUCAUGUUCCCGGAACGAAGACAUCGCCUCACCGCGAUAUACUCCAAGGAUAAGGAAUACUUGUUCGACUCCUCGUCCCCGUGUUUCUGGACUCCCUCCAUCCGUUCCCGCAUCGUCCAGUUCAUCCUGGACAGGAAGAAGUUCUCUUACUCGGAGGCCGACUACUUCGCGUUCGGCAUCACGAGGCUGAUCAACGAGAACACUUAUAGUGCUGCCUACCCGCUACAUGAUGGUGAUCUUAAAACGCCGGGCUCUAUGCGACACCUCCUCUACACCGAGUGGGCGAGCGUGUCCAAGUGUAUCAAAUACCAACCCUUAGAUUACGUCAAGGAUUACUUUGGAGUUAAAAUAGGCCUGUACUUCGCCUGGCUCGGUUUCUACACCCACAUGUUGAUACCGGCGGCGCUGGUGGGUCUCGUCUGCGUCAUAUACUCCGCGGCCACCGUCUACUCUAACAAACCGAGUGAGGACGUGUGUAACUACAACUCCACGGUGCUGAUGUGUCCUCAGUGUGACUACUUCUGCGAGUACUGGGACCUUCGGGCGACCUGCCUCCACUCCAGGAUAACUUACCUCUUUGAUAACCCCACUACUGUGUUCUUCGCCAUAUUCAUGAGUUUUUGGGGCGCGUGCUUCCUUGAGAUGUGGAAGCGGUACUCAGCGGAGAUGACCCACCGCUGGGACCUCACCGGCUUCGACGUGUACGAGGAGCAUCCGCGACCGCAGUACCUGGCCAGACUCGCUCACGUCAAGAAUAAAAGGCUGAACGUGGUGACCGGCAUAGAGGAGCCGCAGGUGCCGUUCUGGCGCAUGCGGCUGCCAGCCACGCUGAUGUCGUUCAGCGUGGUGGCGUCGCUGGUGCUGGUCGCCAUCGCCACGGUGCUGGCGGUGGUGUUGUACAGGAUGUCCCUGCUGGGAGCCAACAUCCUCAGGCGACAGGACAACGGCCUGAUAGCGUACAGCCCUAUAAUGUUCACGACGGCCACGGCCGCCUGCAUUAAUCUGUUCUUCAUAUGCAUAUUCAACUAUGUGUACCAGUACCUGGCUGAGUGGCUGACGGAGAAGGAGCUGCUCCGCACUCAGACGGAGUUCGACGACUCGCUCACCUUGAAGAUCUACCUGCUGCAGUUCGUCAACUACUACGCCUCUAUAUUCUACAUCGCCUUCUUCAAGGGCAAGUUCGUGGGUCGCCCCGGAGAUUACAUCAGGUUCUUUGGUCACAGGCAGGAAGAGUGUUCGCCCGGCGGCUGUCUGUUGGAGCUGUCCAUCCAGCUGGCGAUCAUCAUGGUGGGGAAGCAGUUCAUCAACACCAUCGUGGAGAUGCUGAUGCCCUACUUACUGAAGUGGUGGGGCGUCAUACGAGCCAUCGGCAGGAAGAAGAGAAUAAAAAGCCCCAUGCAGUGGGUGAAGGAUUUCAAGCUGGUGGACUUUGGGAAUAUGGGACUGUUUCCCGAGUACCUGGAGAUGGUUCUUCAGUACGGGUUCGUGACCAUCUUCGUGGCGGCGUUUCCGCUGGCGCCGCUGUUCGCUCUCCUCAACAACGUGCUGGAGAUGCGCCUGGACGCUCGCAAGUUCCUGUCGUGCUACCGCCGCCCCGUGCCGCAGAGGGUCACGGAUAUAGGAGUGUGGUUCCGCAUACUCGACUCCAUAGGGAAGCUCAGCAUCAUCACCAAUGGUUUCAUAAUAGCGUUCACGUCGGAGUUCAUCCCGCGGCUGGUGUAUCAGUUCACGUACGGGACCCUCGACCAGUACGUCAACCACACCCUCACGGACUUCAACGUGUCCGUGCUGGAGAUACCGCCCAGGAACACCACCUACAAGGGAGACACCUGCAGUUACCCCGGCUACUGGUACAACAAGGAAGGGGAUGACUACGCUCACUCCAACUGGUACUGGCACGUGAUGGGCGCCCGGCUGGCAUUCGUCGUCGUUUUUGAGAACGUCGUGGCGCUGGUGAUGAUAAUCGUCCGCUGGGCCAUCCCGGACAUGUCGGGCGAGCUGCGGGACCGCAUCCGGCGCGAGGCCUACGUCAUCAACACCAUCAUCAUGGAGGAGACCCGGGCCCGCACGGCCCGCACGCCGCAGCCCGGCCGCCUCCACCCGCCCGUCAGCGGGACAGGUGCUAAACACUCCACGCCCCUCUAGUCGAAGAGGAAACCGAAUCAAAUUGGAAACACAUAGCAUCACUGUCGGGUUCAGACUUCGACCUGGCGGCUCAUGGAGACCUCAACGUGAGAGACGUGGACCCGCAGCCUGCUGAUGUCUGAAGAGUGGUCGUGUUGACGCUCUGACUGAUUGAUUGAUUGAUUGAUUGACUGACUGACUGAUCGAUCGACUCAAAUAUUAAACACAUUGGUAAAUGUUUUGAUUAAUUAAUAGAUAUGUAUUGAUUGUUCCAGUGAAAAAAUAACACUGCGACUAACAGCUGUAUGAACAUGCGAUUGUUUAUAAGAGUUUUCGUAGGACGUACCAGUUUUAUUAAAGACUAGAAAAUUAUUGAUGCGAUCGGUCGACCAACUGGUUGAAAGAUUAAUCAGUGACCUAGGAAUAUCAAACCGAGGCCAUAGUAUUUCUAAUUGAUACAUAUUUUAACGAAGGGUCAAAGAACUUUCUUGGGAUCGGUCGUCCAACUGGUCGGUAGAUUUAUUCUUUAUGAACAAGAUCCUUCAUUUUUCUCUUCGGCCUUGUAGAUCAAUCGGUCGACUAAUCGACCAACCAGUCGUCAGUCGGUUUCUUGAUGCAUCCUAGUACGAAGUUUGGACACAACAAUACACGUGGUUUUUAUGUUGUGAUGCUUUGUAACACAUUUUAUUGAUUUUUAAUUAUUGAAUAUCAUUGUUUUUGUUCAUAUCUGAGUUGCCGGAGUUGUAUACAUUAUCCAACGUAAGAAGGAUGUAUCAGGUAUAUUUACUUUUAUAAUCUAUACUAUUUUUUAGAUCUGUCAUCGCUGUUUCUGUCACUUUAUAGUAUAAGUUGUCCAAGUUAGUGAGGGGUAAUAUUUUUUUGAAGUCGAUUUAUCUAGCCGAUAUUCUAGAGGAGGCACUAUUUUGUAGUGAUCCUAUUUUUGGUGAUCGGAUGUGACGUAUGUUAGUAUAAUAAAUUCUGAUAUACCAUUGCAAGUAAUGUGUUCACAAUUUAGGUCUGUCUAGGCUAGACUUAGCUAUAAACGAUCUGGAAUUACACGGCACAAAGUACAGGUUGAGUAAUCCUAUAUAGAGCUCUCCUAUACAGGUAGGGCUCAUUCUCCAAUCCUAAUGCGGGUAGGAUAAAGGGACUAUAGGUGCAAAAAAUCCUUAUUUUUACAUGUAUUUAUUAUCUGAAGACUCGCUGUGGCCGUUAUUUUUGCUAAAGUCUCUUAUUUUGCACAAUAAUAUUUAUUAUAAAUGUUAUUUAUAUUUAUAAGCUAGUUCCGUGGCGUAUCUUCGGUGUACUUAAUACGGACAUAUCCAGUACGAACACUCGUCUGAUCGUAGCAGGGAGUUUGAACUAAUACAAGUUAACUAUUAUGUGUAAGGAAAUCAACGGGAGAUGGUUAAAAAUAAAAACAGCUGAUUUACUUCGCUUUUUAUAGAUAAGACUAAAAUGAAUCUCACAUCCUAUACACAUAUAUAUAUUUUAAUAUACCUCGUAAAAAUCUAACCAAAUAAAACACAUGAUUAUUCUUUUUAAAAAAGGAAUUAUAUAUUUAUUAUACUUGACAGAGGUUUCAUAUUUUAUAAGUGUAACUUUUUGCUAUUGUUUAAUAAUUUUUAUACUAUCCUAUAUGUUAUCUGUCGUCUCGACUUACUGUCUUUAGACAAAUGUUACGUGAAGUAGUCGUCCACUGUAGAUUAGUAACCGCAUUAAAUGUAAAAAAAGUGUCGUUAAACAUACAUACGAUGUUUAAUUAAUAAAACGAUUGAGAUCAAACUAGUGAAAUAUAUUAAAGUUUAAAAAAAAGUUAAUUUUCAAAUUGUCAACUGUCAAGUAGACAGUUGACAGUUGUCCAUAUGGAGUGUUGUUCUGUGAUUGUUCUCAAAUUGUUUGAAAUUGGAAAUUUAUAAAACGUAGAAUGUUAGGCAUGGAGAAAAAGUAUUUAUAUUAAUUUAAAACAUUAUCUGUGUUGCUAAAUUGAGGCGCACAGUACUUUGUUGUUCUUCUAUUCUUCGGGAAAGGUUAAUUAAUUGUUCAUUAAACAUAUAUUAUUGUUUUUGUAGUUAUUCAUUGAAAUUAAUUACCAAAACUAAAUUAAACGUUGCAAUAUUUAACAUGAUGCCAAUGAUUAAAAAAUAUUUGUGAACAAUGUAUGCAGUUUAAAUUUUUUAAAUUCAAUUUGUCUGAAUAAUUUUGGCUGGUUUUCAUUUGGCUGUGUUUGGAUUUAAGCUUGUAUAAAAAAAAAACAACUAUGUACUAUAGUUUUGAUUUCAGCCAUCAACUUAAUUAAUUGGAUAGUUUCUAAAGUUUUGGGAAUGAGCUCAUAAAAAGUUUAAAAUUUUUAUAUGUAUGUUACUUUUUCAAAGGUUGUUAAAUACAUUUACCAUGAACUACCAAAAAAAAAAUUUGUAUUUUAUUUCGUAGAUGGCAACACUACGUUGUAGGCUGGUGCUGUCAUUUAAAAUGCUUUGGAUGUCUGUUGUCAUGCGUUAAUAUGAUCUUAAUAAUUGAAUCGUAAUUGUAAAAGGCUUGUAUUUGUAAAAUUUAUACAAUUAUAUUCAAGUUUACUGAUAAA